ACGGCGUCGUUUAGGAAUAGGGGGCCCAGACGACAUUUCCGCUGUCGUCUGCUGAAAAAUCUCGAACGAACAAAGAAGCGCCAAAAGACGACGGAGAAGAAGAAAUUGACAGCAAACGUCUUGAGGUUUUGGAUUAGGGCAACGACUUAGAGAAGUGCAUCGAUGUCUGUUACUCUGCACACGAAUCUCGGCGAUAUCAAAUGCGAGAUCUUCUGUGACGAGGUCCCUAAAACUGCUGAGAAUUUUUUGGCUUUAUGUGCUAGCGGCUACUAUGAUGGGACUAUAUUCCAUCGGAAUAUCAAAGGAUUCAUGAUUCAAGGUGGCGACCCUACUGGUACUGGGAAAGGAGGAACUAGCAUCUGGGGCAAGAAAUUCAAUGACGAGAUACGAGAGUCCCUCAAGCACAAUGCGAGGGGGAUGCUGUCGAUGGCAAACAGCGGACCUAAUACCAAUGGAAGUCAGUUCUUCAUAACCUACGCAAAGCAGCCACAUCUCAAUGGAUUAUACACCAUAUUUGGCAAAGUGAUUCAUGGAUUUGAAGUGCUCGACAUUAUGGAAAAGACUCAAACAGGAGCAGGGGAUAGGCCACUUGCAGAGAUCAGGAUCAACCGUGUGACUAUACACGCCAAUCCACUAGCUGGUUAGCCCCUUCUUUUUUUUUUUUUUGUCUUUCUUGAGGGUCCUAAUAAUAAUGAAAAUGUCGAGUCUAAUAAGAUCCUCUAGUGUAUGUUGUUCAUUCUUCUCCGGCUUGAUUUGGAUGCUCGGUUACUUUUUGAAGCUAAAAAAGAAACCCAAGGUCGAUCUAACCCGGCCCAUUUACGUUUUGGGCCAAUUCAUGGGUUAUUUGUUAUU